UUAUUUUUGCCGAGAAGAACAAGUCAGACCGCAUACAGGCGCUCAUGUCAGGCGCUCAUCAGUGACUUGUAGUUCGAAGUCGUGCGAGUGUCGUCCCGUCGUCCGUCAUGCGAGGCUGCCUGUUGGUCUUGUCGCUGCUGGCCUGCAGCUGCCAGGCGUUCAACUACUUGGGCACGGCGGUCACCUACCAGCCACUGAAGGGCUCCGUCGACACGGCGCUCCUCCACUACAAGCUGGCCUUUCGGGAGUGCGGCAACGUCACCGUGGUGGACUGUCCGGUGAACCCCUGCACGGUGAACGUGGUGUCCGUGAAAAAGGUGGACGAGAACAGCGGAGAGUGGUGUCAGCGGGAAGUGAUCGCGCACGUAAACGCAGCCAACUCCAAAGACUUCACGCUGCGCCUGGAAGGCACCCAGUGGAUCAGCGUCAGGAAUAACUUCACCGAGGUGCUGGCCGUGACACGCCUGGACCCGAGAAACAGGUCCGACACCGGCCGGCCGAACGCGUCCCCCCGGACCACUAUGCUGCCCGUUCUCAGGUUCCCCUCCAACUGCUACGGAGAAGCAAAACUGCCCACAUUUGACCCAGACGGAGACCUCGUGAAGUGUACCUUUGAAAACUAUCACAAUCUCUCAUCGCUUUUUUAUGUCUCUCACGAUUGUCACAUGAUAUUCACUCCCGUGACAGACAACAGCAGCGUGGUGGGCUCGUACGCCGUGCAGCUGCUCAUGGCGGACCUUGUUCGCAAAGACGUCAAUCUGACUGACGGCGAGGGGAACCGGACGCUUCUCGCGCAAUUUGAAAUGAUCGGCCGUGUUCCCAUCCAGUUUGUCCUGAGGGUGGAUCCUCCGGUGGAGUCGUGCAACUCUGGAACAUACCUGCCCUACUUUAAUCAUCCUACACCAGAGGACGGAAGUCAUCUGUACACGCAUGUCAACAGGACCCUGGAGAUUAACAUCCAUGCAAAAGCCGCGCACUCGGAGAUCACAGAGGUGCUGUUCAGCGGGCCGGCCGGCGUACAAAAGGCGAAAGAGGGCGACGGGCAUUUCGUCCUGAAAUGGACGCCGACUCAAGACGACGCGGGGCUACGUUAUCCCAUCUGCUUCGUCGUUCAAGCGUUUCUGGACAAACAAUUGGAACUUCACUCGCCGAUGCGCUGUGUCACGGUGGCGGUCAACCACAAUCUUUUUGCCCUGGAUGCCAGGUUCCUGAUCAGAAGUCACAAUGCCUACUUGGAACUCCAAAACACAGGGUUACCUGAGCUGAAGGAGCUGCUGGUGGCGCGAGGGCUGCCCCCCGACAUCACGCUGAGAGUGACGGCCUUCCACGAGAAACUUGUAGAAACACCGAACGACGAACCUAACGCAUCAUCAGCCAACGUUCUCUUCUCGUCGGCAUCUGGCGGGGGCCCCACGCAAAUCACCUCCGCCCUGAAUGCAUCAGCAAGCAACUUUUCCGGUCCAACGUGACCAACCGACGUUUCACGGAACGUCAUCCUUCGCUCUCGUCUUCUCAAAUCUUACUCUAUAGCGCGCUAUACCGCGUACCUGUAAAUAACAUUUAGCACUUCGGAUCUGCGGCGCGGUGACAGUCACGCCACCUAACCCGGAAAACAGGCUCGCGGACUUCCGGUGUACGCUGCGCUAACGAACAUGACUAUGAAUUGAUGACGCGAUUGUUUGUAACCGAACUUGCUGAGCAGAGGUUUUCUUUAUGGCUAGCGUCUACUAGGACAAAAGUUAAAUACAUGUAUAUUAUUUAUUUUAUACAAACAUCAUAUAUGUGAACACAAACGAAGCCUGAACAUCGAAUAUUGUCAUGUUUGGUGUCCAUGUGGUGACAUUUUGUGUAAAAUAAAGAAAGAAAUUGCAGAGUU